AGGCGCGCGGGGUGCCAGCCAGGCUGGAGAUUCGGCUGAGUGCGGCGGGCCGCCUCGCCCUGGAGCUGGCCAGCAGCUCCCAGCCCACCGGGCCCUCAGAGGAGGACAGAGCGCCAGCUUCCUCCUCCUGCCAGGAAAAUCAGAGAGAAUGAAAGCCUAUUUGAAGAGCGCGGAUGGGUUUUUUCUUCUAAAUAAAAGCACCACGAUUGGCAAGCAUGCGGAUUCGGACCUUGUCUUACAGUCCUCAGACAUUGACAACCACCAUGCACUCAUCGAAUUCAACGAGGCCGAGGGCAGCUUUGUCCUUCAGGACUUUAACUCCCGCAACGGAACGUUUAUCAACGACUGCCACAUUCAGAAUGUGGCAGUGAAGCUGAUCCCUGGCGACAUUCUGCGGUUCGGGUCUACGGGGCUGACCUACGAGCUGGUCGUCGAGAACCCGCCCCAGGUCUCCUACCCAUGGGUGAGGAGCCCAGCACCUUGGCAGAGGCUGCAGCCACCUGGGGCCUUACAACAGCCACGCCAGUCACCCUUGCCCCCCCACAUGCCUUUCCACCAGGGCAUCCAAGCACCAUCAGCACCGAGAAGUUGGUCACAGGGUUGUCCCGGGCCCAACAUGGCCCCGCCUAGCCCUCACCAGCUGCCCAUGACUCCCAACGGGAAGAUGUUUUCCUUUGUGAUGGACCCCAAGUCCCCCGUCAUCAAGCAAGUGUGGGCCAGCGCCAUGGAACAAUGCAUGGCCGAGGGACUCUCGAGGACGGUGCCUCCCACUGAGAUCUUCAUGGACCAGGAUCUAGGCCCGCAAGACAAGGACGAGAUCAUUCUUCUGUUGGGAAGAGAGGUCAAUCGGCUCUCGGACUUUGAAAUCGAGUCCAAAUACAAAGACGCGGUGAUCAUGAACCUGCAGGGCGAGGUGGCCGACCUGAGUCAAAGGCUGUCGGAGGCGGCCACCCUUGCUGCCGCCUCCAGGCAGGGCGAAAGGGGUACCCUGAAGUUCCAGGGCCUGGAGGAGGACGAAGAUCAAAGGCAGAAGGAGAUUGACAGUAUGAAAAACCAGAUCAGUGCCCUUCAGAAAAACUAUAGCCAGAUGCUGUCUCAGACCCUGGCAGAGCGCAACUCAGAAAUUGCAUCCCUGAAGAAUGAAGGCGAGAACUUAAAGAGAGACCAUGCCAUCACAUCAGGGAUAGUGACAUCAUUACAGAAGGACGUGACAGCUCGGAAUGAGCAAGUCCAGCAGCUGAAGGAGGAGGUCAGUCAACUGAAGAACCAGAUCAACGAGAAGGAGUACCAGUUGGAAGCCCUGGGCUCCAGAUGUUCCAUGCUGAAAGAAGAGCUAAGGAAGGAAGAGGCUCAGAAGGAGCAGCGGGAGGCUGAGGAGAAAGAGUUGAAGCUCUGCAAAAGCCAAAUGCAAGACAUGGAGAAAGAAGUGAAGAAGCUCAGAGAGGAGCUGAAGAAGAACUACACCAGUCAGAACACCAUCUCCAAGACGCUACGAGAAAAGAGCAAGGUUGAAGAGAAGCUUCAGGAAGAUUCCAGAAGGAAAUUGCUUCAGCUGCAAGAAAUGGGGAACAGAGAGACCCUCAUUAAAAUCAAUUUGGAAAGGGCAGUAGGCCAGCUAGAGCACUUCAGAAGCCAGGUCAUCAAAGCCACUUUCGGAAGAGUGAAGCCGUUCCGUGACAAGCCCGUCACCGACCAGCAGCUGAUAGAGAGGAUCAUGCAGGUCACCGAGGACAACCUCAGCUUCCAGCAGAGGAAGUGGAACUUGCAAAAGGAGACGCAUCAAAGCAACUUGAGACGGGAGGAGACCUCAGAGAACGUGGAGCGGCUGCGGGAGCUACUGGACAACUGCCAGGCUUGCAUGAGGGAAUCCUGCAGAGGCAGCGACUUGAAGAAGCAGGUGGGGCUCCUUCAGCACCUGAAGCUGAGCCCACCCGUCUCAGAGCUUCAGAAGGCUGUACUGGACAUCCUGAAAGUCUCCCUGUCCUGGCUUGAGGAAACAGAGCAGCUGCUUGUGGACCUUAACAUCCAGCUGUCGGGUUCUGACAAAGGCUUCUCUCUGUGCCUGAUGUAUCUUCUAGAACAUUACAAGAAAAUUAUAGGGCAGACCCAAGAACUUCGGGUCCAGGUGAGAGUUUCCCAGGAAAGUCAGCAGUCUCUGCAGCAGGAACACCUGGCUGAGAAGGAGAAGCUGAGUGAGGAGAAGCUGGAACAGGAGGAAAAGCUGAAAGCCAAAAUCCAGCAGCUGACAGAAGAGAAGGAGGCCCUGGAAGCAAAUAUUGUCCAAGAGAAAAACAAAGCAAAGGAGGCUUUACAGGGGGAGCAGUCGAGAGCCCAAGGUUUAGAGAGUCGCUUGGCCUACCAGAAAAAGGCUUUGGAAGAGAGCAUCACUCAGGAGAGAAACAGAGAGCAGGAGGCCCUGGAGAAGGUGCAAGCUCGAGUCCGUGAGCUAGAGAGCUACUUGGCCUGUCAAAAGGAGGCCCUGGAGAACAACAUGGCUUAUGAGAAGAAAAAAGCAUGGGAAACGCUGGAGGCAGAAAGGAGGAAGUCACAAGACCUGGAGAAUCAGCUGACUCAGCAGAAGGAGAUCUCAGACAGCAUGACCUUCGAGAGACUCAAAAUGAAAGACAGUCUAGAGAGUGAAAAGAGGAGAAUUCAGGACCUCGUGAAUUGCCUGACCAAGCAAAAAGAGGAGAUAGAAUUAAAGGGGCAAAAGGAGGACAUCUUAAAUAAUAAAUUAAGCGACGCCCUGGCCAUGGUAGAGGAGGCUCAGCGGAUGAAGACAGCUGAAAGUCUCAAAGCUGACAACCUCUCCCUGAAGUUAAACGAAACAUUAGCCGAGCUUGAAACAACCAAGACGAAAAUGGUAAGGACGGAGCAGCAGCUGAAGCUGCAGGAGCAGUCGAUGAAGGCGCUGGUGGAUGAGCGGGAAUCCCAGAAGCACGGCUUCGAAGAGGAGAUCACCGAGUACAAGGAGCAAAUCAGACAGCACUCGCAGACCAUCGUGAGCCUAGAGGAAAGGCUCUGCCAAGUGACUCAGCACCACAGGAGGAUAGAAGAGGACAUCGCAAACUUAAAAGACAAUGAACUAGCUCAAAAGGAGGACGCGCCCCAGGAGUCCACAGCAGACACCCCGCUGGACAACAGUGACAAAGAAAUCGCGUGCGACCACCUGAUAGAUGACUUGCUGACUGCUCAGAAGGAAAUCCUGUCUCAGCAGGAGAUCAUCAUGGGGCUGAGGACAAACCUCAGUGAAGCCCACAGCCGGAUGUCAGACCUGAGAGGGGACCUAAGCGAGAAGCAGAAGUUGGAGCUGGAGCGACACGUGGCCCUGGUGCAGCAGCAGAAGAUGGAGCUGAGCACACUCAAGGCGAAGAUGGCGCAGAUGAAUAGCCUUCUGGAGAAGAAAGACAGGGAACUGAAAGUCCUCAAGGAGACGCUCAGGGCUUCCCAAGAGAAACCCAGACCCCAGCUGAGCACGGAGCAGAAGCCUAGGAAUCUGAGCCAGAAGUGUGACAUCUCAAUGCAGAUAGAACCAGUCCACACAGACACAUUCUCCAGCUUCCAAGAGGGGCAGUCCUUCAGUGACCUCGGAGCCAAGUGCAAAGGGUCUCGACACGAGGAGGUCAUCCAGCGGCAGAAAAAGGCCUUGUCGGAACUCCGGCAACGAAUCAAAGAACUUGAGAAGGCCAACUCCUCUAAUCAUAAGGACCACAUGAAUGAGUCGUUCCUAGAACUAAAGACCCUCAGAAUGGAAAAAAAUGUACAGAAAAUAUUAUUAGACGCAAAGCCUGACUUGACGUCUCUCUCAAGGAUAGAGAUCCGAUCGCCUCAGAAUGGCCUUUUCAACUUGGGCUCCAACACGGCCAUCGAGAAGUCAGUAAAACCAGAUACUUCGGAAGCCCUAGAACUCAGUGAGAAGCUGUACUCGGACAUGAUCAGGAUGCUCGGCAGCCUGAUGAACAUCAAGGACAUGUCGGGCCACGUGUCUCUGAAGUACCUCUCACCCAAAGAGUGUGAGAAGGUCAACCACCUCCGACAGAAGGACCUGGAGCUGGUGUUCGAUAAGAUCACUCAGCUCAAGAUCCGGCUUCAGAAGAAGGAGGAGCUCCUGAAAGGAUACGAGUGGGAACUGGAGCAGCACAGGCAUAGCAAGGCGACCCUUCAGCUGUACCAGGCGCAGGUGGCGAAGCUGGAGGAUGAUGUCUACAAAGAGGCUGAGGAAAAGGCGCUGCUGAAGGAGGCCCUGGAGCGCACAGAGCAGCAGCUGUACCAGGAAAAGAGACUCAACAGGGCCUUCAAGCAGCAGAAGGAUCGAAUAGAGGAUCAAGAGCAGAAAAGCAUAUCCUGCAACUGCCCCUUCAAAGACAUUGAGAAGCAGAGACGCAUUUUUAUAGAGAUGGUCAAGAACAAGAUGCAGAAUUCCAGUCACCAGCCUACAAGCAAGAAAGCCAUCCUGAAGAUGGUCCAAGAAAAAGAGACAAAGAAGGAGGCACCCAGGUCCAGCCAAGGUCUUUCUUUUGUUAAGCCUGGUGGAAAGAACUAGAAAACCCACUGUCCCGGGGCCUUCUGUGAUCCUCAGGGAGUUGGCUUGACUCUCAAGUAACAAAAUCCUGAGGGACUUUUGUCACACUUUAAAGAUGGAUGCUUCACUUUCUACAUUACUAUUUUUUCACAGAAUGUAUUUUGGAGUGUGUGGAGAGAGGAUUUUUUUUUAAAAAAUAUCUAUAAAUGUAUAUACACACAAGUAUGUAAAGAAGAUGUCUAUAACCCAGACUCCUAGAUUUGUAGAUAAAGUUGUUUACAUUUACUUUAUGAUGUACCCAAGCAUCGGCUCCUCCAAGGAGCUCCCAAAAGAUCCACCUGGAGCCACAGGGCAAAUGGAUGCUUGGAGCGCUUGGUGACAGUAUAGGGACUUUAUAUCUGAGUUUAUUAUAAUAAAUUUAGAAGGCCAACCAAUUCUAUCACUUCUGUAACUGUGACUGACAUUUCUAUGGCACUUUGCAUUUCUCAAAACAUUCCUCAAUGAAUCCUUUCCCCAAGCCCUGCGUUCCUCCAUCUCACAGAUAAAGAUGCCCAACCCGGAGAGGUUGACUGGCCUACCUACAGUCACUCAGCUAGGGAACUGGGCUUGGAAGCCUGGUUUCUCUUUGUUUAGUUGGUUGGGUUUUGUUUGCUUUUGUUUGUAUUUCAAGAUCUGGUUUCUCUGUGUGGCCCUGGCUGUCCUGGAACUUGUUCUGUAGAGCAGAGAUCCACCUACUUCUGCCUCUCAAGAGGCAAUUGCGCCUGGCUGGAAGCCUGUUUUUUAAUUCUGCUACAUUGUUCAUUCUGCUAGACCAAGAGGACCCUAUUCUUCCCAGCCUCUGGCCUACAGGAUAGACCACAGACUCAGUCAUCCAAGAAUGACACUCCAUUCCCGUGGUGUUUGCAGAGACCCUUGCUUCUUCUCUUUUGCCCUGCCUUCUCUCUAUCCACCUGACCUCUCAUCACUGACAUUCUUUCUUAGCCAGGUAGCGAGCCACACCUAGGGAAAGAAGGAGCAUUUUUA